AUGAAGGAUUUAUGGGAUGAAUUAGAUGUGUUGGUGCCUCUGUCUUCAUGUGACUGUGAGGAGGCUAGACCUUCAAUUGAACAUUUAAGAUCACAACGUGUACUACAGUUUCUUAUGGGAUUAAAUGAAACUUACAGUAACAUAAGGAGUAAUGUACUAGCAAAGAGACCUGUUGUGACUGUUAAUGAAGCUUAUGCAAUAGUUACUCAAGAAGAAAGCCAAAGAGCCCUAGGAGUGGUAGAUGCACAUAAGGAACCACUCACUAUGUUAGCAGGAAAAAGUACAGAUUUUGAGAUAAUUGGCUAUCCAGCUGAUUUUAAGAGCAAGAAGAAAAACCAGACUGGAGGAGGAAAGGUCUAUGCCAACAGUGUGAAUGUGAAUAAUGAGGAAAAUAAGGUAGCAGCCGUUCAGGUAAUAUAUACAAGAGCAACUCAUCAUGUCACAUAUACUAAGGAUAUUCUGAGUAAUAUGAGAAGAACUAAUGAUCAAGGAAGGAGUAAAGUGCAAUCGCCCACAGGAAAUAAGGCACAAAUAACUCACACUGGGGAAGCAUCUAUACUGGGAAAUAAGACAGUUAAAAAUAUCUUAUAUGUACCAUAUUUUAAAUUCAAUCUGUUGUUUGUGUCAAAGCUCACCAAAGAUCUCAGUUUCCUAGCCACAUUCUUUCCUGAUUUUUGUAUGUUUACGGAUCUUUACAGUGGCAAGGUGACGGGGAUUGGUAGAGAACACAAUGGAUUAUACUUGCUGAAGAAGAACAUAACAGUAGCUGUAGGAGGUUUCUUGGUGAAUAAAAGGGCUGAAAGUAAACUCUGGCACCUGAGAUUAGGCCAUGCAUAUCUGAAGUCAAUGCAGCAUAUCCCAGAAUUGAGGAAUAAAGUGGACAUGCAGAAUGGCACAGUGGAGAGGAAACACAGACAUAUCCUAGAAGUUGCAAGGGCACUAUUGUUUCAAAGCUCAGUGCUAAUGAGAUUCUGGGGUGAUUGUGUGAGGAAAGCAACAUACUUGAUUAAUAAAUUGCCCAUAAGAGUGUUGCAAGGGAAAUGUCCAUAUGAAAUACUGCAUAACAAACCAGCAAAGAUAGAGCACCUAAGGGUGUUUGGUUGUUUGUGUUUUGCAAGCAACUUACCAGGUGGUGACAAAUUCAGUCCAAGAGCAAGAAAGUCAGUUAUUAUAGGAUACUAUGAGACACAAAAGGGGUACAGUUUAUUUGACUUGGAUGCUAGAAAAGUGUUCAUCAGUAGAGAUGUGUCAUUCAGAGAACAAGCAUUUCUUUUCAAGGAAGGAACUCAAAUCACUGAAGAUUUGUUUCCAUGUGAGCCUCUCAUACCAAAUGAUUCUUUACCUGAACACUCACUGCAGAGUUCUUCUAGUGAGGUUCAGAUCACCCCUGAGGAAUCAAACUCCUCCACAGCACAUGAUCAAGUUGAAGCAGCCCAGGCACCAUCAGGCACAAAUCCAAUUCCAAGCCAGUCACUUACUGAACAUGUGGCUUCUGAAACAGCUGAUGUCAGAAAAUCUAGCAGGACCACAAGGCCCUCCAUAUGGCUGAAAAAUUAUGUGACAAGCUCAAACACUCAAAAACAUCCCUAUUGCAUUUCCAACAGUGUCUCAUAUUCUCAUUUGUCACCACAUUAUCAAGCUUACUUGGGAAUGUUCUCUUCAACAGUUGAACCAAAGAGCUUUAUGGAAGCAUGUCAGGACCCAAACUGGGUAGAAGCUAUGCCACAAGAGAUCAAGGUUCUUGAAGAUAAUGCAACAUGGAGCAUUGCUGAUCUGCGUGCAGGAAAGAGGGCUAUAGGAUCCAAGUGGGUGUUUAAGAUAAAGUAUAAAGAAAAUGGGGAAAUAGAAAGGUACAAGGCUAGAUUAAUAGCAAAGGGUUAUACACAGUAA